AUGGGCAAACGUGUUACCAAAGACAAGAAGCUUGCAAGCCCCAAGCGGCGCCUGCUCAAGAAGACCAAGUUGGCCGAGAAGAAGGACAAGAAGGGCAAAGAGAAGAAGGAGCAGAAGCCGCCCGCCGCACCCGUGGAGACGACUGCGGUGGUGGCAAAGAGUGAGUGCAGUGAGCCGCAGACUCCCGUGAGCAAGAUCCGCCCCACUCCCUCGCCGACGACAUCCCAGAGGGGGCAUAUCGCGGCGCUCAUGGAAGUGAAGAAGGCAGCCGCUGCCGAAGGCCUGACUGUGGAGCAGUACCUGGCCAGGGAGUCGGCUGAGGACUUGGAGGACCGCCUUGCCGGAGAAACGGGGCUGCAGGACGACGAUGAGUCCGGCGAGGGUUCCUCUGAGCCAGGCUCUGAGGAGGAGGAAUCGGCCGAAGGCUCGGAGGAGCUUCCGGCGUCUUCCGCUUCGGGUUCCGAGAGCGGAGAUGGCGACGGCAGCGAGGCUGCAGUUGAGGACGAAAGCGAGGAUGACGCAUCCUCGGCGACUGAGUCGUUGUCGUCGUCGGACGAGAAGCCUACCAAGAAGCAGAAGACCGAGAAGCACCACAAGACCGAGACGCCGGACAAGCCCGAAAAGAAGACCGAGAAGCCCAACAACCGCGAGAAGAAGACCGAGAAGCCCCACAAGGAGAAGAAGACCGAGAAGCCCCACAAGGAGGAGAAGACCGAGAAGCCCCACAAGGAGGAGAAGACCGAGAAGCCGCACAAGGAGGAGAAGACCGAGAAGCCGUGUGUUACCGAGGAGAAGACCGAGAAGUCAAGCCGCCGCAAGGAGAAGAAAGAGAAGACAGAGAAGCAGGACGCGCUUGUGGCUGUCGAGAAGCUGGCGCCGAGCACCGCGGCCGCGAUCGGCAAGGCCAUGGUUUCUGCCGGGGAGACGACACAGCAGGGUGCUGCUGACUUUGCAAGUACGACACAUAAGAAUGAAUGGGACAAAUUCAGCAGACAAGUUUUGGAUAAGCGCAAGUGCACUACGGCACUUGCAGCGCACGUGGAAAAGAACAAGUUGGAUAUGAGGGCCGAGAACAGUACGCUUGCUAGAAAAGAGCGCCAGGGCCUGAAGAAGCGAGAGAUCGAGAAGAAGAAGGCAAAGGCUUUGAUCGAGAAGCUUCUGAAGAAGAAGAUGUAUGACGAAGACGAGGACUUCCCCGGCGACGAGGAAGAGUAUUUCUUCUACGUGAACGGCGGUUCGAAGAUGCGGCGCGAGGCAAAGACUACCGAGUCGUUGGGCCUGAAGGUGAAGGACACAGCCCCCGAUAAGGGCCUGGUGGACGCCUUGACGAGCGAAGGCGGCAUGCUGGCAUCCGGGGCCCUUCCGGCCAUUGAGGGCAUGAAUGAGGAGGGAUCGAAAAACCUCCUGGACGCCAUGGUGAAGGAGGGUGUGGCCAAGCCGAAGCCGGCAAAGGCCAAGACGGAGGAGGAUGCAGAGAAGAUGGCUCCCAAGGAGCCAUGGGAGUCGCUCUGCCAGGAUCGCAUGAAUGAGAUCUUGAACGAGAGCGGUGCAUCAAGGAAGUACGCGUUAAGCUUGGCACACAUCGAGUACAGUGGGGAUUUGUCUUCCGACCUGCAGAAGCACUCGUCGAAAUUGGAGCGCAUCUACGGGAAACUCCAAGGCCUCAAAAAGGCCCAAGUGAAGAAAAACUCCAAGUACACCAAGUUCUACGACAUCAUCGACGCGAUGCACGCAUGGUAUGAGAAGGCUGAGGCAUCCGCCAAGGGCUUGCUCAAUGGCUUGAACAAGAAGGACAAAAAGAAGAAGGCGGGCAAGAAGGCCAACGAGGCCAAGAGUGCGUAA